UCUCACAAACACUACCCCAAACACAAACUAUCUCGUUCAACCCUGGACUAGACACAACUCGUUCAAACCACCAGUUCCUAAUCCCAGCCACCACUACUCCGCCGCCGUCAGUGAUUCCAUCGCCGGCGUCGUUUUACACCGUAGCCAGCAAAACACAAAGCGUACAACACAGCCCAAACCUCGAACCACCACCAUCAUCGACCCAACUGCACCAACAGCCGUCGCAGGGUGACUCUGAUCUGCCGGAGCCGCAGCCAGCUCUAGGUGCAUCCACAAUCACAAAUGGCACCAGGUGGUGACACGAACGACGGUGUUUUCCCAACUCCAUCACGGAAGACUCAGCGGUUCACCACCUCCACCGGAACCCUAACAUCACCUUCGCUCCCUUCCUCUUCCAACUCUCCCGGCGGUGACCUUCGUCCGCCGCUGACACUUCCCACACUUCCAUUCGAGCUCAUGGAAGUUAUCCUCUGCAGGCUUCCGGUGAAGUCUCUCUUGCGAUUCCGGUGCGUCUGCAAGUCCUGGAAUCUCCUGAUUUCCGAUCCCAAAUUCGCCAGAAGGCACCUUCGCGAGUUCAACCGCUACAAUCUCAUUGUAAAAUCCAGGAACCAUGUCAACUCUUAUUCACACAGCUCCACCACUUUCAACAACACAAUGAUUCUCAGCUCGACGCGGCUAGAGUACCCUCUCAACCGCGAUAUCCGUAACGAUCUCGUUGGCUCGUGCGAUGGUAUGCUCUGUUUCUGCGCCCCAAAUGGUGCCUGUCUGGUAUGGAACCCUUCUAUUAGGAUAUCUAUAGAAUUGCCACCAUUGGAACAUAUCAAGGUAGAAUCGUUAGGGUUUGGUUACGAUAUUCUCACUGAGACUUACAAGGUGGUAAUAGUUAUUUUUGCUUCGAGCUACCAUGCUCGUGUCGUGGUUCAAACUUUGGGUACCAAUUCUUGGAGAAGUAUUGAGGAUUUUACUGGUCAUUCCUACUUUCAGGAAUUUGGGAAAUUUGUUAGUGGAACAAUUAACUGGUUGGCAGGUUCGUGGUCUGCCAAUAAUUGGUCUAACCUGUUUAUUAAUUCUCUUGAUUUGGUGAAGGAGUCAUGGUCUAAACUUUGCCUGCCUGAUGUAUACGACCCCACAUUGGGAGUGUUGAGAGAUUGCUUGUGUGUCCUUUAUGAAAAGCAAUUUUUUUGGGAUGUUUGGGUCAUGAAGGAGCAUGGAAAUAAUGAGUCAUGGACAAGAUUGUUCAAUAUUCCUAUUCCUGUUCACAAUGGGGGUCUUGGUUAUGUUCCGCGUAACCACUCACGUAAUAUUUCUGAGGAUGAUGAAGGAAUAAUGCUGCAAUCGCUGCCUUCCUUUACUAAUUUAGUUGUUUAUAAGGAAUAUGGCUUCAAUGAUGAUAUUUUUACGAUUUUUUGUAUUGGAAACAACCAAGCUAGGAUGCUCCCAGAGAUCUACCAUGAGCCAGUGGUCUGCGCGGAGAGUUUGAUAUCACCAUGUUUUCAAUAUUAGAUGUAGGUUUUAUAUGCCACUUGUGCAUUAGGUUCUUGAAGAAUCCAUAAGUUGCAUGGAUGUUUGUUAAUUAAUACUCGAUGUAAUAUAUUGCAAGUAUUUGGGUUUCAUAGAACUUUCAUGUAAGACCUCUUUGGAUGUUGGACACUUACGUAAGGCCUCUUUUAAGAGCUUAUCUAGUUCUCUACAAACCGUGUCUGUUUGUCUCCAUCUUAACCUAAUUUGGUUUCAUGGAAUGGCGUUGUUUCUGGGUUCAGUAAUACUGGUUCACUUGCUGAGGCGGUGAAGUUGUUUCAAAUGGUGUUAUCAGAGGGGUUUUUGUUGAUGGGUCUACUGUUUCUCGUGUUCCUCCUGCUAUAGGGAACUUGGAGGAUGUGGUGAUGGGUGCGCAGGUUCAUGGAAAUGUGAUCAAGCAAGGUUGAAAUCGAACAAUUUUGCGGAAGAAUCCAGCUAUCUCGACAUUGUUUUGGUAAAAUGUCAGCCCCAAAUUUGGUUUCUUGGAUUGCAAUUAUGAGUGGAUAUGCAAUUUAGGUGCUUCAUAUAAUGCUGCUAAGUGGCCAAAAGCCUGACUCUUCAUAAUGUUCCAUUUUAGCUUCGACGCCAGCCCUCUCCUGUUAACCCAUUUUGAGUUGGAGAGUUAAUGUUGACUGUUCUGUUCCUUUGACACGGGCCCUCCUCUGUCCUUUUCAAGGCCUAAUAUGCUUUGAUCAGCAUGAUUGUGGAUACAGGUAUGAGGAAGAAUUCGUAGAAUCAUAUACCGAAUUGCCAAACCACCUGAUUUCUGGCUUUCUCCAACAAUCAUUUCAUGGCUAAUAGAUUAUGUAGGUUGCUUUGAGUAGAUUUUUCUUUACAAAAGAAAAGUAAACUAUGUCCAUGUAAAUGGCAGAUACCUGAUUUAACAUCAGUUUAUUAAUUCAAAGAUAUGUUAAAUUGAAGCUGUCUUCACAGCCUCAAAAUCCUCCA